AAUUGUGUCAAAUUUUUCUGUUUGGAUUUCAUUUAUAACCGAGCCUACCAAUAUUAAUUUUCAUAAAUCAUAUACUAUCUCAGAGUUUUUAUAGCAGUUCUGCAUCUGCAUUUGCUUUGCAUUUUGGAGAUAUGGCUUCAAUGGGCUCUCCAAACUCACCACCAAACCCAUCUUUUACAAUUAGAGAAACAAAUCACGAGUUCUUGAAGAGUCUCUCUUCAAAAGAACCUUCAUUUGCAGAUUUUCUUUUUAGUCCACCAAAUUUAGCUACACCACACCGCCUUUCUGUUCCAUAUUGCUCUCCUCCUCGACCUCAAACACCAACUAAUAGUCUCAUUUCCAACUCUAAAACUACAUAUACUUGUUUAUCUUCAGUUCUUAAAAAGGACGGUCAAAUAUUAUCUAUGGCAAUGUCAAAUGGACUUGUUUACACGGGCUCUCAUACCAAUUCCAUAAGAAUAUGGAAAUUGCCUGAGUUUGCUGAGUGUGGCCAACUGAAGACCAAGACAUGUAUGGUAGUUGCAUUAGAAGUUUCACAUGAUAGAGUUUAUGCUGCUUAUGGUGAUGGAAAGAUACGAAUUUGGAGAAGAACAUGGGAUGCAGGUUUUAAACAUGUAAGAUUGGCUACCAUACCUAAGACCGGAGGUUAUGUCUGGAGCUAUAUGGCCGGAAAAGAUAAGACGAUGAAGCACAUGGGCCCAAUAACAUCACUAGCAAUCAACAUUUCUGAUGACACCUUAUACUCAGCUUCACUUGAUAAAACAGUGAAAGUAUGGAGGCUAUCAGACUUAAAAUGCAUUGAGACAAUACAAGCGCAUUCCGAGCCGAUCAAUGCCAUUGUAGUAGCUGAUGAUGGAGUACUCUACACUGCUUCUGAUGAUGCCUCUAUCAAAGUCUGGCGUCGCAACUUUUACAUAACAGACUUACCACAUUCUCUUAUCACAACCGUACCUGCCAAGUCCUCUCCUGUAAAAGCCUUGACUCUAACUACAGAUCACAAUAGAAUCCUCUAUGGCGGAUGCACUGACGGAUACAUUCACUAUUGGCUUAGAGGUAGAUUCUCAGGCCAAUUACAAUAUGGCGGUGCACUACAAGGUCACACACAUGCAGUUAUGAGUAUUGAAAGUGUUGGAAGUUAUGUUAUAAGUGGGUCAGCUGAUUCAUCUAGCCGGGUGUGGCUUAGAGAGUCAGAUGGGCAGCAUGGAUGUCUAGCAGUUUUAGUAGGGCACAGAGGUCCUGUUAGAUGUGUGUCAGCCUAUCUGGGAUGGUUAGCAGAAGAUAACAGUGAAGAAGACUGCACAAUUUGCACAGGAAGUCUUGAUGGUGUCAUAAAAUUUUGGCGAGUAACUCGUACAAAUAAAGAUAUUGGAGGUUUGUCACCUAAUGGUUAUGAGUAUUUUGAGCUGCAGUAGAGAAUUUCUCAGUGUUUUAAACUUCUAAUUGUACAGUAUAGUUAUUUCAGAACUGCAUGUGAAAGUUGAUUUUCUUUAGCGGUGGGCUCGUUUUAGUGACUUUAUUAAUGUAAAAUAUAUGAUAGUAAAUAAAAGAGGAGGAGGAGCUCCUUCUCUUUCCUUUUUUUUCUUAAUCUAA